AUGAACAAGCCAGCAGCAGCUGCAGCCAGACCUCAUAGUCAGCCAUGCCAAAGAGUAGCCCCUUUCACUAGUGUGCUCACCUUAGUUGUGGCUGGUGAUUGCAGCCAGCCAGACUGGGGGUCACUCUUUCCCACCAGUGUACUCACAGCAGAUGUGGCCCAGUCACAAUUUGGUCCUAUGCCCAUGUGCACCUGUUUAUCCAUGCCCAAACAGUGUCAUGUAGAUUGCAAGAGAUGCAAGCAAAGUUAUAAUCUGAGAUGCAUGAGGAAACUGUGCAAGAAGGUAGCAGUGGAAUGGCUGGUGUCGAGAUGGGCUGGUGUCAGGAAGGUGGUGCCAGUCUGGACCAGAUGCUAUUCUGGAUACAAAGUGGUCAUUGUGAAGAACAUUGAUGAUGGCACCUCAGACCAUCCCUACAGCCAUGCCCUGGUGGCUGGAAUUGACUGCUAUACCUGCAAAGUGACUGCUGCCAUGGGCAAGAAGAAAAUCACCAAAAGGUCAAAGAUCAAGUCUUUUGUGAAAGUUUAUAACUACAGUCACUUCAUGCCCAUAAGGCACUCUGUGGAUAUCCUCUGGGACAAGACUGUGGUCAAGAAGGAUGUCUUCAGAGUCCUUGCUCUUAAAUGCAAGGCCCAACAAGAGGCCAAGAUCAAGUUCAAGGAGAGGUACGAGAUCAGCAAGAACAAAUGGUCCUUCCAAAAGCUGUGGUUUUAG